AUGAGAAAAUAUACAGGUGGAAGGGAAAUACUUCGUCCAGCUCCGACUCGCUUUGCCACUAAUUUUAUUGCCUUACAAAGCAUAUUGGCUCAAAAGGAUGCAUUAAGGGCUAUGGUAACUUCUAGAGAUUGGACAAGCUCAGCUUAUUCUAAAGAGGCCAAGGCAAAAAAGUUUGUGGAACAAGUUUUAGAUUCUAAUUUUUGGAAACAAUGUGCUGAUAUUGUGAAGCUUACUGAGCCACUUAUUCGUGUGUUGCAUAUUGUUGAUAGUGAAGACAAACCUGCCAUGGGUUUUCUUUAUCAAGCUAUAUUUAAAGCUAAAGAGGAGAUGAUAAGGAGAUUUCAAAGAAAUAAGAAGAAGGUGGAGCCUUACUUGACCAUCUUAGAUAGUCGUUGGGAUUCACAGCUUCGCAAAAAUCUUCAUGCCGCUGGUUAUUGGUUGAAUCCAGGUUGUCGUUUCAAUAAUGAAGAAUUUGAAAAACAUAAAUUCACAACAUCGGGCCGUUUGGAUGUCAUCGAGAGAUAUGCUUAUGGGAAUCCUGAUUUAAAUUCUAAGUUGACAAGUGAGAUGAGAAUAUUCAAAAAUGCUGAGUUAGAUUUUGAAAGGCCAUCUGCUAAACGUGAACGGAAUACCGUGAUGCCAGAUCAAUGA